AUGGCGAAUUUACACUCUAAUGAGGUGAAGAUUGCUUAUCGGCAGCAUAAAGAAGCUAAGCAAUUUGCGAACCGCUUUUCCUAUCUCACUGUCGAAGAAUCUUCACAGACAGAUGACACUAAUAAUGCGAGCAAGAAAUCGCCAGCCGCACCCAAGGUUGUGAUUGAGAGAUCCCAAGCUGAGAUUGAAGAAGAGUUCUUCUUCGCCAUCGAACUUCUUCUCAAAGAACUUCAAGACAUACGCGGACUCCUGAACAACAUAUGGGAAGACUACAAGAAAGGAACCCUGGACCUUAUAGUCUCGUCUCUCAUGACAAACACUGCAAUCGACCUUGUCAGGCAGGUUGAGCAAGCAUUCGAAACUACAUUGCAGCGCCCGGCACGGUUCCCCACAAACUUAUUUCCAGUCUGGACACUGCCCGCUCUUCGUUACCACACCACCUCGUCUGAGAUAGAAGACUUUGUAAACACCUCCUCAGGUAGUACCCUGGGCUUUAGCAUGGCAGGGUGCGACUUUACUUUUUACCCAGUGUUUACGAGCCUUAAGAGUUUUCCUUAUCACAUCAAAAGAGGCGAAAUGUACCCAGAGAUUUCGCUACGGAAACUCGGUACGGACCCAUUACUCGAAGGUUUAGGCCAAACUAUCGAAUUGGCUUUGACAUAUCGGUUAAGCUUCAUGACUUACGUCUCUGACCAGUGGACAUAUGACGAGGUCACACGCGGUAUGGAAUAUGUUAUCCGGAGCAAAACGAUACCUAUCUGGGUGACCUUUGGCGUCCAGGUCCUGUUAGAUAUCGGAAAAUUCCUCGGAAAUUCCAUGAGCAGACCUUUCAGUGAAUUAUGCGAGUGUGCACCUUACUAUACCAGUAGAGACCAACCACUCCAGCGACCAUUCACAAAUGGGGCUUCCGAGACAGCGGGCAACGAAGAGAUGUUGGAGACGUUGGAGAUGCUAAGAGAUUCCAUCUACCGAGCCUGUCAACGAGACCCAUGGUACAAGACACUCAGCUCGGAACCAAGAGUGAUGGAAAACUCGAUUUUGGCUCGUGUGGUGACGGAGGAAUUCUUUUUCUACAAGCGUCAGCCUAUAAUCUGUGGACUAAUGAAAUAUCGAGUCUACGCUGAAGUCACUGUGGAUCAAAUCGAUCGAGAAAACAAAGAGAGGGACAUGUUUGCACUGGCGUAUAUCUAUAAAGCCGCUCGGAUCCUAGAUUCUUCCACACCAACCUGGCUCGACAUGGAAUUUGCCCUUUACCGCCAAGAUCCGAAAAGGAUAUUUUGCGGUAAACCGGAAACCUUGGGAACUAUAGAGAAAACCUUUUUCCUAGUGGGGGGUAGCUCUGCUGUUAACAGCGCCAGAAAUGGUCGUGGAAACAAGCCGAAUCUCAACAACAUUCGAAACUUCGAGAGGCCGAACUCUUUUUUGAUAACUACACUGUAUCAGCGACUCAACCAAACCGGUCUACCUAGGGACAGCAAUAUCAACGAAUCAACUGAUACCGUCGUACGAUCUAUCAUACAAGGUAUGAACAAUGAGAGAAAUCAGAAGCAAUUUAUUCGGCAGAUGAACAUGCCGAAGAACUUCAAUCUCUCCAACUUGCAGCAAUUGCAAAGUUUGUCCAAUGAUCCACGUCCAGUUGACCUGUACUUUGACUGGAAGAAGUUCAAGCGGCAGUGCACGGAAAUAUGGACAGACAUCCUCCAAGCUCUCUCUCGAGAUCCCGAAUGGAGGAAGACUGAUUAA